AUGGCUCUGGCUGGUGGAGGAUCCCUUCUCGCCCUUCUCAGGGUUAAUCCGUGGUGGUUCCUUAUCCAUGCAUGGAGGUAUCAGACAUUCCACGACAAUGCCGACGGUUACGUCUGUGGAGAGGAAGUGGGAGUGGUUGUUCUCAAGCGGUUGGAGGGCGCGCUGGACGAGCGAGAAAAUAUCCUCGGAGUCGUCCGGGGAUCCGGGCGCAACUACGGCGGCGAUGCUUCUUCCAUGAUGCAUCCCUCAGAAAAUUCUCGGCAACAGCUGUACCGAAAUGUUCUGGAGCAAAGGGAUGUAGACGCGGACAGCAUUUCAUACGUGGAGACGCAUCGAAUAGGUCCACAGGCUGGAGGCUUUACACGGAAACACUUGCACAGAAGCGAGGCUCAGAUAAUCCACUCAUUGUUGGAGCUGUAA